CUUGAAAGACCGCCCAAAGAAAACCAGCACAUUGCCAGGAUGGACAGCAACGAGACCGACACUCCAUUGACGAUUCUUGCCAGGCUGUCUUCGGGUCAAAAGGUUCCAGUCACUAUUCUGGAUCCUGCAAACACUACUGUGCUAGACCUCAAGGAACUGGUUGCUGCUGCCAUCUCUACUUCGCCCGGCUCCAUUCGUCUGGUGCUGCGAGGCCGUAUUCUUAAAGGCGAUGAACUGCCAAUCUCCAACUAUGCUGUUGCUGACAAGGAUGUGGUUCAUGUUGCUCGCACUGACCCCAGUACCGCCAAUUCAGUUGCUCCGCAACCAAGAGCUACUACUGCCAGUCUGGCCGGAUCUGGCUUGUCUGAAACUCAAACUGCUUUCCACUAUCGUACUACCCAACCACAAUCUUCAACUACAUCCAAUACCACUCCAUCCCCCGGAAUUACUGGCUCUGCACUGGCUGCUGGACUGUCCUCUCAAUCAGCUGCAAAUGGCUUCGGAGGUGAUGAGAUGGCUUCCCUCAUGAGCAAUCCCAUGAUUCAAACUAUAUUCGAAAAUCCCGAAUUCCUUCAGCUUAUGCUACAAUCCGACCCUCGGAUGCGUGCGAUGAUGGAGGAAAAUCCCGAGAUACGUGCUGCCUUGUCUGAUCCUUCUGUUUUGCGUGAAAUUAGUCGUGGCAUGCAAAAUCCCAGAUUGAUGCAAGAAAUGAUGCGCAAUCAAGAUCGGGCACUGUCUAAUAUCGAGGCUAUUCCUGGCGGUUUCAACCAUUUAAGCUCCAUGUAUCGCCAAAUGAAUGGUCCUUUGAAUGCUGGCCGCACUCCAGACCCUAGUACCGAUGAAGCCAACAGACAGAUGGCAAAUCUUUUGGGGGCGACAUCUCCUUCAAAUGCAUCUGGUCCCAAUUCGCAAGCUCUUCCAAAUCCUUGGGAUAUUCGUCCAGGAAAUGUAGGCACUCAGCGUCCUGUAUCUCUACCCACAUCUACUACAUUGACAAAUAUGCUUGGCACAUUUGGAGCACCUAGCUCUGUAAAUCGUAACGCAGCAUCUACAAAUACAGAAGCUCGACACUUUCCAUUUAUGCCCUUUCCGUCUUUACCUGGUAAUUUAGGAAAUAGUUCUACUCGGACACCUGGCUCUGACACUAUACAACCUCAUCUACAAAUGCUUCAACAAAUGGCUCAAAUGAACCAAAGCCCUCGCGCUUCAUUCCCAAACCAAUUUGAUGUAAUGCCACCAGCUCUUUCCAACUCCAACUCACCCAUGAACCCAUUUCUCGAGCUAUUCGGUGCGCCAUCGCUUUCGCCUUCACAGCUUGCUCAGCCAUCAGGAGAUCCAGCAGCAGCACAACCAGCUAUUGAGGAACAAUAUAGAGAACAACUCGCUAGUCUAAGAGAUAUGGGGUUUGUGGAUGAAGAAAAGAAUAAGCGCGCAAUUUUGGCAGCAGGUGGCAAUACAGACGCAGCGGUCUCGUAUCUAUUGGAUAUGUGAAAUUUCUUAAUAAAAAUUGCUUACUCUAUUUCAAAUCC